AUGGAGCCUAAAGUCCGCGCACUCUAUGAGCCUGUCACAGGCACGUGGCAAUACAUCGUCGCGGACGAACAGGCAAAGGACACCGUCAUCAUCAACCCAGUGCUCGACUAUGAUAAAGACACGGGAAAAGUGUCGACGCAGCCGGCCGACCAGAUGCUCGACGUGGUGGCCAAGCACGAAUACACCGUGUCCAAGAUCCUCGAGACGCACGGCCACGCCGACCACCUCACCGCCGGCGUGCCGCCAGCGGAUCUGGUCGACGCGUUCGAUCACACGUUCGCCGACGACGAGAGCUUCGCCAUCCCUCGAGUUUAG